AUGCUUAUUCCCAAGGCCGACCGCAAGAAGAUCCACGAGUACCUCUUCCGUGAGGGUGUUCUCGUGGCCCCCAAGGACUUCAACCUGCCCAAGCACCCAGACCUCGACACGAAGAACCUCUACGUUAUCAAGGCUCUCCAGUCCCUCAACUCCCGCGGCUAUGUCAAGACUCAGUUCUCUUGGCAGUGGUACUACUACACCCUGACCCCCGAGGGUCUGGACUACCUCCGCGAAUGGCUUCACCUCCCUGCCGAGAUCGUUCCUGCCACCCACAUCAAGCAGCAGCGAUCGCAUGCUCCUCCCCGUGGCAUGCUCGGCGAGGGUGAGCGCGAGAGACGGCCAUUCGGCCGUGGACGUGGCGGUGACCGUGGUGACCGUGAGGGCGGAUACCGAAGACGCGAUGCUGGCGAGGGCAAGGAGGGUGGUGCUCCCGGAGAGUACGCUCCUCAAUUCCGUGGUGGUUUCGGCCGUGGCCGUGGCGCUGCCCCCCCUUCCUAA